GCCAGCUCCCAGCAGGGCGUGAGGCUGGAGGGUCGUCACCGCAUGGGCAGCUCUGUCGGGGGAAGGUCUGUGCCCCUGUGUCAGCGGGCGCAGAACAGCUGCGUGAAAACGCCUCCUGAGAGCAAAAUCCAGACCGGGACGGCUGACUGACACUGGACAGGCAGCCCGGCCCAACAGGGAGACAUCUCGUUUAGCUAACAAUGGCAUCCACACUGAAUCAGAAAGAAAUGACUGGCAACCAAAACUCAUGGGAUAGUUUGCUGCCAGAUUUCCCUAAAGGCCCGCUUUCCAGGUAUCGUGACAAAGCUUCCUUCAACUGGAAGGAGAUGGCAAUGUUCAUAGAUGGUGAAGAUAUCAUCCAGCUGAAGAACAGAAUCUUCUCUGCUCUGGAAAAUGACCCUCUCUUUGCACACCAUCCUGGAGAAGAUUUGUGCCGUGAAAAAUAUCAGGAGGUGACAUUCCUGCGCUGUAAAAGGCUCUUUGAGUAUGACUUUCUUACUCAUCAAGAGAUGAUGGAGAACCCAUUAAGGCUUUUUAAUACGCUGCUCUGUAUAGGAAUGUAUGAUUGGUCUCCAUGUCUCCAGUUUGUCUUACAUAGUGGUGUAUUUGCGUCUUCAAUUAUGAGUGCUUCUAAGAGAUUUGUACACAUCUUGAAACAAGCUUAUCGCAUGGAGAUUUUUGGAUGUUUUGCUCUGACUGAACUCAGCCAUGGAACUAACACCAAAGGCAUAAGGACUACGGCCACAUUUGAUCCUAGCACUCAGGAAUUUGUCAUCAAUACACCUGACUUUGAAGCUGCAAAGUUCUGGGUUGGUAAUAUGGGGAAACAUGCCACUCAUGCAGUUUUGUAUGCCCAACUCUAUACUCCUGAUGGACAGUGCCAAGGUUUACAUUCCUUUGUUGUACAGAUUCGAGACACAAAAACUCUCCUACCAAUGCCAGGUGUGAUGGUAGGUGACGUAGGAAAGAAGCUUGGGCAGAAUGGGUUGGAUAAUGGAUUUGCCAUGUUCCACAAUGUCAGGAUACCUAAAGAAAACAUACUGAAUAUAGCUGGAGAUGUCACAGCUGAGGGGAAGUACUCGAGUUCUGUCAAGAAUGUUAAAGAACGUUUCAGUACAGCUCUGGGAUCCUUGUCCAGUGGCAGAGUUAUGAUCACAGCACUUUCCGUCACCAAUUUAAAGCUUGCCUUGGCAAUAGCCAUUCGCUUCUCAGCUGCUCGCUGUCAGUUUGGACCAACUGAGGAUGAAGAAAUACCUGUCCUUGAAUACCAAACACAGCAAUGGCGUCUUUUACCUUACCUGGCUGCUGCGUAUGCCUUAGAUUAUUUCUCAAAGUCCCUGUUUGAGAACUUUGUAGAGUUUUUUGGAGGUGUGUUGACAAAGCAACGGAGUCAGAGACAGGCUGAUUUGGGACGUGAGAUUCAUGCUUUAUCUGCUGCCAGCAAACCACUGGCAUCUUGGACUGCUCAGCGGGCAGCCCAGGAGUGCCGAGAAGCUUGUGGAGGACACGGCUACCUUGCCAUGAAUCGUCUGGGUGAAAUCCGAAAUGACAAUGAUCCAAACUGCACAUAUGAGGGAGAUAACAAUGUCCUGCUUCAGCAAACCAGCAACUACUUGAUGAGCUGGAUGAAUUGCAUAAGAGAUAAAGCUCCUUUUGAAUCCCCUUUGGGAACAAUAAACUUUUUGCAAGACUACCAUCAUAUCCUUGGCUGGAAAUUCACAGCCAUUAGUGUUGAAGAUUGCAUGGACUCCUCAGUUCCUUUAGCAGCUUAUAAAUGGCUGGUUUGCUACCUGCUCCGAGAAAGUCACCUAAAAAUGAAUAAGGAGAAGCAGGCUGGACGAAGUGACUUUGAGGCAAAAAACAACUGUCAGGUGUACUACUGUCGAUCUCUGGCUAUUGCUUUUAUUGAGCAAGCAGCCUUACAGCGCUACCACGACUACACUCACAAUCCCAGCGUCCCGGCGGCUCUGCAGCCAGUGCUCAGGAACCUCAGUGCUCUCUAUGGGCUCUGGUCCUUGAAUAAAUACCUGUCUGUGCUCUACCAAGGUGGCUAUGCUUCAGGUGAACAACCUGGGAAAUUUAUUCAGGAUGCUAUUCUGGAGCUCUGCUACAGGUUGAAAGAUGAUGCAGUUGCCCUGGUUGAUGUCUUUGCUCCUUCUGACUUCAUUCUCAAUUCUCCCAUUGGUAAAGCAAAUGGAGAGUUAUAUAAAAAUAUGUGGGGAGAGAUCCUUCAAGGCAACAAAACUCUGAACAGACCUUCAUGGUGGGCAGAAUUUUGCAUUAAUAAACCUGUUAUAGGCAGGCUGAGGUCAAGAUUGUAAAGCAAGCAACUCCUAAGAGUCUGGAUGGGCCUGAGGUGGAUACCUUGUUACAAACAUCAGGAGGAAAUGAGACCAUAUGUCUAAUGCUGAAAGUGGAAGAGAUUUUCAUUGAGAGGUGCCAAGUUUUGAAAUAACUUUGAAAUCAAGUCCAACUUGAUCUGAGGGACUGUUAACAUAAUAAUGACAAGAGCAACACAUAUUUAAUCAAUUAAAUUUUAAAAAAUGAAGAUUUAUUAUAAUUGCUGCUUUGCGAAGUUUGUAUUAAAAAAAAUUCCAAUCAGUAUCUUGUCAUUACUUUCAUAUUACAGAAGGUAAAUAAUUAAAAAACAUUUGCCACCAGGGGGAUUAUGAAUAAGCUGAUAAAAACAAAAAUUAGGACAGGCUGAACAAAACCUGUAUUAACUAUGAUUAUAGUGAGAGAACAUUGGGGGAGCAUCUUUUUCCUCCCCUGUCCUUAGAUUGCAGAGAACAAACCUGUAUUGCCUUUCAGAAAGACAGAAAGGAAGAGGUAAGGAAAAGCAAUCAUUUCAGUGUUAACAAAGCCAGGUAUCCCUUCCUGGAGGCACAGGAUGCCUUCAGCAGCUUGCUGACUGCCCCAGUUCUGGGGAACCAAAGGGUGAACAACGUGGCAAUAUGGAAAGAUGGCUCUGAUUAGUGACACACACUGUGUUGUCUUAGCUCACAAGUGGGAAGUUGGAAACAAUCACACUGUUGGUUUUUAGCUGAAGGGAAUGUUCUUUUAGUAAAGACAACUUCUUAGCCAGACUGAGAGCAGUCUUAAAUAUUAAUGAUUUUACCACUACACGUUCAAAGUCAAUUAAAAAUGAUCACCCUCAACACACUUCAGUUAAAAAAAAAAAACUAACAAAAAGUCCGAGAUUCUGUGGCUCUUGUUUAUAGUCCCACUGGAAAAAGGGAUAAAAGCUGUCUUGUUAAAUUGUAAUUUUUUUCCUUAAUUUCUUUUUCUUCCCCAGAGAUAGUCAGUGUUGCCUGUGGUAUUUCUGCCUCUAUUCUUUCUUCUUGUCUAAUGAGGUACCAUAACCAUCCUGAUGUCCUAAUAGGAGCUCUUUUUCUGGCUGUCCUAAUAGGAGAUCUUUUUCUGGCAAUUGAACUGUAGGAAAGUUUAACCUUCUUUGCUUAAAAAAAAA